GAAAGUGAAACGACAUUUAUUAAUCCAAAGUCACACACCAUCUACAUCAGUGUGAACAAUAAACCAAGGGACGACAACUUCACAGCACAGUUGGACAUUCAGUUGAUGACAAAAAACAUGGAAAAAAUUAUAAAUAUCUUGUCGGGUAAUCGCUCACCACCUUCUCUGUUAAAGGUAGAAGAGAGGAACAUACCAUGGGGUGAAAGAGAGCGAGAACUGCAGCUUGUCAGCGAUUACAAGCCUCACAAAGAUGUCCAGCAUCUCAGAAUUAUGCUUCAUGGACCACCAGGUGCUGGAAAGUCCAGCUUCAUCAACUCUGUCGACAGUACUUUAAGAGGCAAAAUAGCAACUCGAGCUUUGGCAGAUGCAACCUCUGGUGACAGUUUCACCAUUGCAUACAGGACAUUUAAAAUUCAGAAAGGAAAUCCAGAAACUUUUUACCCUUUUGUCUUCUCUGACUCCAUGGGCCUUGAGAGGGGCGCUGAGAGAGGAAUUCAUGUGGAAGACAUCAAACUUGCCAUUAGUGGACAUGUCAAAGAAGGUUACAUGUUCAAACCCAAAUCUCUCUUGCGUGAAUCGGAUCCUAACUACAAGAGUUCUCCUACUUUAGAUGACAAAGUCCAUGUUCUGGUUUUUGUUAUUCCUGCUGACACAGUGAGCAUAAUCAGUGAUGAAACUUGGAGGAAGAUGAAAGAAGUCAGACUACAUGCUCGUGACAAAGGGAUCCCACAAAUAGCCAUCAUGACCAAAAUUGAUGAAGCCUGUCCUGAAGUCAAAGAAACCAUAAAGAACGCCUACAGGAGCAAGUGCUUGAAAGAGCAGAUGGAAACAGUAAACAGCAACCUGGGUAUUCUACUGAACUGCAUCUUCCUCGUGAAGAACUACCACAAAGAAAUCGAGACAGAUGACGGUGUGGAUUCACUGAUACUGUGCGCACUGAAAAAGAUCAUUGACUAUGGAGAGGACUACCUGAAUGACCAGGAUGAUGAAUGAUUGAAUGAAUGGUCCAGGAGGACGAUAUUUCGUCCCACUAUAUACUUGAGUGUAUAUUGUUGGGUUGAAUAAUCCUGACCUGUAACAAAUGUUUGAGGGGGAUAGAAAAUGAAAAUGCUCAGUUACUCUUCAGGUUAUUUUGCUUUGCUGUUAUUACAAUCACAGUCACACAAAAAGUGAAUUUCAUCAGAAACUUUAUUGUACUGAUUUUUGUCUUGUUCUUAUUUUAUUUCACUUUUUUUUCUUUCGUAAAUUAAAUCCAAAUAACCUUCACAGAAAAUCAAUACAUGUACUUUUUGUUAUUUACUGUAUAUUCAAAAUGGUAACUGCAUGAAGAAUGACACAUAUAUGAUUGUAACCUGUUGCCUGCUGUGUAACUCAAAUAAAUCAUUUCA